UCCAGUGACAAUUAUUUCGUCUACAGUUUAUAUUGAUAAACGUUUUUUGACACGACAGAGAAGGGAGAGAGCCGCCGUGUGGAAAUUCUGCCCGCCGCCGUCAGUAUCAGCGCACACAUGGUCCAGUUAAGAUAUGUCUAGAAACAUGGGAGCCUCGACUCCGUCGUAUUAUCCAUCCGAGGCUGAUUUUGUGGUCAAAACUCCCCAAAAACCGAUUAAGACUAAAAGACUCAGACAUCACUCUGAUCAGGUUCAAUAUGUGGGUUUAAUUGGUUUGGUACAAGUCGUCACAGGAUGCUUAAUGAUCGUGUUUGGAGUACUUUCAAUGUUACAUGAAGCAUCUGUGUCCAGUGUAGGCGCUGGCUUAUGGAGUGGUGCAAUGGCAACGGGUAACGGGGUUGUUGGAUUGAUGGCCAGUUUAAACGGAUGUUUAUCUCCUGAACGAACGCUAUCACCUCUAUCUAUAACUAUUUAUUUGGCUUUGUGUUUGGUUUCCAUAGGGGUUAGUAAUUUAGCGAUUAUCCUAACAACAAUAGGACUACUCAAGGAUUCUCAAAAACCAUUUUAUAUUAUACCUAAAGACAAGAUUCAAUAUAAAGCUUUGACAGCGGAUCAGUUACAGACAAACUGGGCACCUGUACUAGCAAAUCUAGGAUUACUAUUAGCUACUUCUGUCCAGUGUUUGACGACCAUGUUGGCUGCUUUUCGGUUUUAUAGAUUAGUCCGCUUGAUUGUGGUAAAUGAAACUCCACCUCCCUGGGCAGGUGCAAGAUACAAAAGUUCCUCGUGUUGUAGCUCAAGUGUCGGUAGCAAACAAAAAUUAGUUCAAAAAUGGUUAGUACAACAGACACCAGCUCUUGAUCACCGACCUCAUCGAAAUCAUAGUCUAAGUCAAUCCAGUCGUAAAUCAGGCGUUUACGAAGAAACGGAGUCGUUGCCGAAGUGGCAAACUCGACAGCACAACACUCAGCAGAGAUCAGAGAGACCCGAAAGGAAAUCGUCAAGACUCGUGGAUUUGCAAAACGUGUAUUCAGAUAUGGACAGAGAAAUAGUCGAAGAAUUCAUUUCCGUUACUAUGGAUCCAAAAUGUACAAAUCGUUGAUAUUUGGCGAUCCACGAUGUCAUCCUAUCGAUACGAACAAUACCAAACUGAUAAAGAUCAGUUGAGUUUACCGAGGAAGUGUGUGUCGACAUUUUCCUCUAAAACAUCGAAGACCUUCAUUCUGGUAAUUUGUAAAUUUCUAUAUACAUAUUUUUGUCGUUUAUCAUUAUGCGAAUCAUUCACAUCGAAAAAUCGCUUUUAAGUUAUGUUAUUUAUCAAUUGUUUUGUUUACAUUAUAUUAAAUGCAUUUUGAAAAUAUAUUG